UCGACUCGACAGUUGUUGUUAUUGUCUGGAUGCCGCUCUGAAACUGCUUAAAAUUCCAAAAUUUGUAUCGGUAUACGAUUAGUUCAAUAAGCAUUGAGUGACUGUGAAGUUAAGGGAACCUCGUAAAGUUUGGGAGUUAAAAUGAAAAGGAAAGUGCAGGCACAACGUAAAUUCGCUCAAGGCGCUUACAUACCGCCCAGUGCGAACUCCAACCCUCCGCCGGAGCGGCGAGGUGGCCACCUCGCCGACCCACAACCCCUGGAGCAGAAGAAUGUGUUCUACAACAAAAUGUCUGCUGAUAUGUUACUUGACAUAAUCUCCUUUCAAAAUCUACACCAACGACCAGAGCCAGUGGUGGUGUUGAAACGUUUAUCCAAAGGGCAUGAGAAGCCAGAACCACUACCCGUGACUAUAGACAAUGACAGCGGCCGCGAAGCGACGCGUCGUCCAGCACAACCCCGCAAAAAUACCAUGUUACUACGAUCACGCAACCGGCAUACCUUCAAAACCCGCAAAAUCGCUCAAAAAGCUAAGAAACGUGUCCGACGAAGAAUAUUGAAGAAGGUUGUCCCACCGCCCCCUAAAGCCUUGUUAAGGAAGCGCAAGUUGCCUACGCUAACUGAUGGAUAUGAUUUAGAGGAUGAUAAGCCCUUGAAGUUCUUUGCUAGCAGCUCUGGGAGUCUGCGAAGUGAUGCCACAAAGAGACGGCGCUUAAAAAUAGGUUCAGAAGCAAAAGUGCUAAAACAUAAAUCAUCUAAAGUAGUAGUGAAAGAAUUGCGUUCUGUUUCAGCGCUUAAAAAAAAUCCUAUUAGAGUAGCUGUAAAAAGGACGGUUCGGAUUCCAUCCGUUUCAAAACCUAAUUUGCGGUCGAGAGAUGUGAAACGUAGUCCCGAAAAAAGUAAACAUAAAGGGAAACGACAAAGAGUAGAAACUAAGGACACCCGACCAUCUCGCUCUGUAACUCCACCUUUACAGAAAAGCCCCAUAGCCGAGCCUAAAACUAAACGUUUAUCUGUCCCUGCUACGACCUUACAAUCUCCUUCAACUUCUAAUGCCAUAAAUGAAGACUUGCCUUCUCUCAGCACUGCUGUCAAUGGAACGUAUCCAAGCGAAGGCAUAUCCGUUGAAGGUUGGCUCGAUAGCGCCCAACCGUCAACUCCAGAGCGAAAAUCUCGCAGCUUCAAGAUGCCAUUACGACCGAAUCGCCGACGAGAUGAUGCGAAAGUGGUGAAAAAAAUUGCUAAACUAAAUCCCGCUAAAGUUAAGAAAUUAAAUGUUAAAGUAUCAAGAAAAUCGAGUGCGGACAGUCUUGUCCUGCCAGUCGAUAACGCCGAGAAAAUCAUCAAGAAAUCUGUGAAAGAGCCAGCUCCUUCACCAGAAACCUGUGAACCUUUGAAAAAGGAACACAUUUUAGAAAAUUCAACGACCAGACGCCACAGCGAACCCAAAUCAGAUGAGAAGCCUUCACAAAACGCGGCAAUAGAAGGAUGGUUACAGAACUCCCUCGGAAAUAGUAAUGAGUUCAAAUCUCCGAUACUUCCAGCUAAGAGAGCGGUUCCGGGGCCCAAACCUCCCGAAGACUCCCUCGAUCCUAGCCUCAGGAGUCGCAGCGUCGACUCCAUAUGUUCCUCGGAGCGCUUCCGAUCGGUGAAGGAUAUCGUUAACGCGGGAGAGCAUGAAUUAGAGUCGCGUUGCAAGCAGCGCAAUUGCCAAGCCUGCUGCCGAGUGAACAAACUGCGGCAACUGAAAAAUAUUGUGCAGAAAAGUACAAACAAACGGGCUGAUGUAUACGAAUUCAACGAUGAUACGGCAGUUUGCUCGAUGGGUAUUUACAGGGGGCUUAGAGUACCUCAACGCGAUACGCCAUCCUCGUCAACGUCUAGUCUGUCUUCUCUCGCCAAUGCUCCGGAAGACCAACCUGUAUAUUUAGACGUUUUCCCGAACGGAACUCACAUUAUCCAGAUAACCGAUCUGAACAAAAAGAACAGGAUAAUGCGAGCGAGCGUCGUACCCAAAUCGGAAGCGGAUAUCCGAAACGAAUUCUCCCUUAUCGAACACGAAAAUUUGUUAGACCAAUUACUAGAAAUCAAAUUGUUUAAUCUGCAAAAAAUCGUUCAUUCUGCGGACAAAAGUUCCAAUGAACGGAGUAAAGUCCUUGAUAAUAAUAAACCUAGCGAUGUCAUAGUGAUACCUGACGAAAGCGGGACAGAGUCUGACGACGCUGACGUGACUUUGGGCUCGAUUAGGACUAGACGCAGAGCAGAAUCGACGAAUGUGCCAAAAGAGUCACAAACAAACCCAACGAGUCAACAAUCCGAUCGUGUCAAUGCGUUGCCUAAGAAAAACGCUAAAGCUGUGACUAAAAAAGCUACCGAGUCCACGAGUGCUCCGAAAAAUACCUCACAAAAUGACACUCCGCCGGAUAACGUGGGGUUCCCGCGGGAACUGGACUCUGCUCGUCUGGUUGAUGCACCUGUCUUCUACCCCACUGAAGCGGAGUUUAAUGAUCCGAUAGCUUACUUCGAGAAGAUAUCCGCCACCGCUGCCAAAUUCGGCCUCUGCAAAGUGGUGGCUCCGAACAGUUUCCGUCCCUCAUGCUCCGUUUCGGACGAGAUUCGGUUCAAUGUGUCCAACCAAUACGUAGCAAGAUUGUACAGAAGAUGGGGUGCCGCAGCUCGGGAGACUUGCGCCAUUCGUGCUUAUCUUGCGGCACAUUCUGUCACCCUCACCCGAGCACCAUUGUACGAAGGUAUCGAGGUUAAUCUACCGAAGCUCUACCACAUAGUUCAACGUAACGGCGGAUUGAAGAACGUCAUAGAAAAAAAACGGUGGGGCCGCGUGGCCGAGGAGAUGCAUUAUACUAGGGCUCCGAACGCAGAGAAAAGACUGGAUCAAUUGUACGUGAAGUAUCUGCUGCCCUACGAUACAUUAUCCACACAGGAACGCCAAGAAAUGAUGGACGCAGUGGAGCGAUGUUGGGACAAGAAGAAUCGCAAAAUGCUCGAACGAGCCCUGAACCCGUUGCACAGGCAGAAGCGUCUUCUGGGCGAAUCCGAUUCCAGCGACGAUGCAGAAGAAGAGGACGACAUGGCCUGGGCUUUGGCUGAAGCAGAAGAUUGUGUUGUCUCCGGACGCAGCAUGACACUGGCUACCUUCAAAAAGGUAGCGAACAGUGCUAUGGAGACCCUAUUCCCCAAUAGUGAGCAGCCGUCCCCCUCGGAGGUGGAGCGGGAGUAUUGGCGCCUCGUGUUGCUGGGCACCGAGCACGUGUGCGUUAAUGCUGCUUCCAUAGACACUGGAGAAGAUGGCCACGGCUUCACCAAGAACAAGGCCGAUCCGUACGGGAGACACCCGUGGAAUCUGAAGAUGCUGAGCCAGAACCCCGGCAACGUGCUCCGCUCCAUGGGCCCAGUGCUGGGCGUGACGGUGCCCACUCUGCACGUGGGCAUGGUGCUGUCCACCAGCUGCUGGCACCGGGACCCGCACGCCCUGCCCUGGGCCGACUACGUGCACGCGGGCCCGCCCACUAUAUGGUACGGCAUACCCGACGAGCAAAGCGGCAACUUCCGCAAAGCCGUCGAGACAUUAUGCCCCACAUCCUGCCAAAACAAAUCCAUCUGGCUGCCUUCAGACAUCACCAUGAUACCGCCCAGUUUAUUGCGCGAGCACAAUGUCUCUCUAAGCCGCGUCGUACAGAAUCCAGGCGAAUUCAUUUUCGUAUUUCCGAAGGCGUAUUCCUGUUCGAUAUGCACGGGUUAUACUCAGUCUGAGAGCGUUUACUUCGCAACGGCUUCGUGGUUAGACAGCAUGACGCAAGUAUUUCAGGAAGUCAAAGAAUCGUGCGAGCCUACCAUGUUCUCGCUGGAACAAGUGGUAUUGGGCGUGGCUCGGGACGGGCGCGUCUCCCCGUCGGUGCUGGACGCGGCGCUGCCCGUGCUCAGGACCAUCAUAAGCAAAGAGACCGACAACAGGCACGCGCUCAAGGCGGAGGGCAUAGCCUGCACUGACGCGCAAUCGAACAAAGUCCGUCAGCCCAAGAAGCGUCCUGCGGGCGCGUGGAACGUUCGCGAACAAGACGAGUGCGAGAUAUGCCGCUCCACCCUCUACCUCUCCAAGGUGGUUGGGUUGACAGGCAAACGAUCGGCAGUUUGCCUCGAGCACGCGCUUCGACUUCUGAGCACGGGCCAUUCCGCAGCCGACGGCACUUUGGUAUCUCACGUGUCCCUGCACGAACUGCAAGACGCUUUAACCGCUGCUGAAUCCAUGCAGAUAACGCUCAACGCGGGUGGCUCCAAAGCACCACGACGAACAACACCGAAUACAGCCGCAAGCAAAAACAAAUCUGAUUAGACUGCUGUGUUCUCUAGUUUCGAAAUAUAAGGUCCGAUUCUGACAUUACUCUCUAAACCUUGAAUUAAAUUUGACAACAUUGGUAUGCAUUUUGGCAUGAUGAGGUUUUUGGUGGGAUUUCAGCGGGCGCGGUUGGCUUCUUAUUUUAAAUAUUCUUAAAUUAUUACAUAGCGGCUAUUAUGAAAUAAAAUUGGUGUGAUUUCGUGUUACAACCGUCUGCGCAACUGAAGAAUUAGUGGAAAAAUAUACGCUAUUCCGGUCAACUGAACGAGAAAAAUUUAUUGUAGUGUUGACUACCUCACAAAAGCUUAUCGAUAAACCAACUCGAUACAUUUCGUGCCAAACACACCACGUCACACCGGCAUUGUAAUGUAAUAAAAAAGAAGAUUAAUGACACUGAAGAUUUGGCUGUAUGGGCAUUGGUCCCUUUGCCUUCCCUGAAAAGGGAGAAUAUUAAAAAAAUAAAAAAUCUGGCAGGAUUCUCUAAACCUAAACAUAAAUUUGACAACAGUGCAUCGUUGUCAUUCUCUAUACAGAAUGAAAAGGAGAGACUGAUGUUAAAUUUAGUUUUAAGUUUAGAGAAUCAUGCCAGAAUCGACACAAAUGUAUCAAGUAUAGCAGGAUGUGGUUUAACGAAGACAGUUGUCAAAUUUAAUUUCAAGUUUAGAGAAACAUACUUGACUCGGGACCGUUAUAUUACAUCGUGCCUUUUCACUUUAGUAAUGGACUACAAAUUCGAUGAGGGUAUUCAGAAAUGAGUAAUGGCGCUAUAACACUUGGUCAUUAGCCCGAAUACUAGUGCCAAUGGAGUUCGGAUAAACGUCUAAGUGUAAAUGAACUGAGCGGAGUACGACCGUAUGCGGGUAGUUUUAGUUUUGGCUACUCGACAACGACACCGUUUUCCAGCGCGUAUUCCAGUGUAAAUAUUGCUUCAGGUUCGAGUAAUUUCUUCGUGCAUCCGAAUACAGGCUAACGACCAAGUGUAAUCGAGCCAUAAUGGUAAGUGGCAGUACUGAGUCAAGAGGUCCACUCGUCUGUCGAAGCUUAUCUUUAUCUUUGAACCAAAAAGCAUGCAAUGUUCAACACAUUCAAAGAAUUGGUGCCAAAAAACAAAAUUACGCAGAAACUUACUAGCGUCGUAUUUUUCUAAUAACCCUCAUUGUGUAUUUAAUAUGAUUACAAUUAUACAUAACAACGCCUACGCCAAUAAAUGACAUAAAUAUGGAAUAUAAAACUUGAUAUUUCUGCAACGCAAUCGGGACCAACAGUAUGAAGUAAGAAAUACUUCUCACCCAUCUAAUCACUGCCGUUUGCGAAAAUGACUUAACUUUCACAAUUGCAUGUCGAAUGGAUCCUCUUACUGUCGAAUUCUUUUAAUAUAAGAUACUUGGAACAAAUCUGUUUUUACGAUUACGUAUACGUUUAUUUUGAUUACAAUGAAAUAGUCCUCUUUAUUUUCCAUUUAAUUUAGUAUUAAGUACGACAAAAUAAUGUUCUGGCUAGGCACAGUCAAUUAUACUACCCACCUUUACAAAUAUUUAAGUUUUUUUUUAUAUAUAUAAUAUUAAGCCAAAUUAACAUAAGCUGAUUCUCAAAUGUGAUAUACAAAAGCUAGAUGUUUGUCUUAAGGUUUAAGAAUAUGAAGUGCAACUUUAAGUUCAGUUCUCAUAGUGUUAAGGUCUAUUGUACUUGUAUAUAUCUUAGAGUCGAAGAACAAUUAUUUUUUUGAAGUGAAACUUCUUUAUCGGCGUUGGAAAAAAAAUUACCGUCACAUUUUUUCGGUUACGCGUCACGUUUUUUGGUUACGCGUCACGUUUUUUGGUUACGCGCCAUCUUUGUUUUAAAAGAGCACUAUUUACCUCAUCCGAACAAUUGCUUCUUCUGUCAACUUUAAAAAAAAAAGGAUCGACAGCAAAUAUUCGUGUUUCACACAAGGUAAGGUAAGGUGUAGUUAUACCCCUUUAGUGGGUGAGUUUUUGAAAAAUCUUAGCGCACGCCUAUAUAUAUAUUUCUGGAAAGUUGCAUGUAGAUCAUUUUUCGAAAAAAAUAAGGCCAUAAAGAAGUUUCACUUCUUACCUGUGUACACUAGUACACGCACACAUUUUUUUUUAUUAAAUGAGUGUUUUUUUUGUAGAGUUGAUGUCACUUUAGUGGAUGCAAAUUGAUUACAACUUUGUUGCAGGAGCAAUAAGAGCUAAAUUAGGUUUACUUAUAUACAUUUCCACUAAUGGACAAUAAUUGUACAUUAUUAACUCUGUAAUGAAUAAAUUGUGUAUAUAGUUAAACUGAUUAACAGGGUGGUUAUGAAUCGGAAAUUAAUUGACUUUGUUAAGGAAAAUAAAUUGUAAGACUGUUGAAAUAGUAUCUCAUAAGGAACUCACUUUAUUAAUUAACCAAAGAGUAAUUAUGUUUAGAAAUUCGAAAGUUUUCCAAAUUAUCGUCUUGCUUGAAUGAAUUCCUUUUGUUUUUUACUGAAUAAAUAAUUUUGUGUUUUGAAAGAACUGUGAAGAGUUAUUAAAAAAAACAGUUCCCACAGGAAUCCACUGGCGAAGAGACGCGAGACGAAGACAGGCAUAACUUCAAUUUAUUCAUCUCCAUUAUCAGUGUGCAGACAUCAAUACAUCAAGUUACCAAAAAUUUCUCGGUAGAAUAUGAACCUUAUGACAAGCAGCAUAAAACUCAAAUUCCUCUAUCUUAUUGCUUCAAAAAUACUUUAUUUAAAUAAACUUUUGUCUCGCUUGUCCUAGCCUCACUCGCCUCUGGUAUUUUGCCUGUAUCUUGUGAUUCAAAUUUUAAGGCCUCAUAGUUCGAUUUCUUUGCCUUUGUUUAAUUUUUUUUUGUAAUAAAGACGUCUUAUAAAUCUUGAGUUUGUCUUAUUCACGAAACCUUUUUGAGAUA